AUGGACCAAAGAAAUAGCACCCCGCGGCCUCGCCCGUCGCUCAAAUUCGCGAACCGGAGCUACCAAGCUUCGCCUCUGAACCCGAACAAGCGACUCGGCACCCCCAAGACUGCUCCAUCGCAGAGAAUCCUGAACCGCGACCCCAUGCCAUCCAGCAACCUCAACGCGAGCACCAUCUCCACCGCGAGCAAUCUCUUUCGCUCCUCUACUCUGAGCGCAAGCUCCAAUACUACCCCCUUCGCUCCGAGCUUGCCCGCGAGCACCGCCAAGAAGGUCUUCGCGCCCGGCGCGACUCCGGCUUCUCAAAAGGUCUAUCGAGAGAACAUCGCCCAGGCGACCCCUCGCGGCAUGGCAACCAAGUCGACCUCGGCCGAUCUCUUUCAGAUGCGCAUCCCCUCCCCGCCUCCCGAACUGUCUGGCGAAGUCCUCGCGCGAGAUAUCCCCCCUGAGCUCGAAGCCAAGGGUACGGUGUACGCCGACCAGUACCUCAGCCACCUGGUUCCGGCCGAGUACGACGACUUGCAGCGCCGUCAGCUAUUCUGCGUUCUCGAUCUUCGCCGCCUGAAAUACGCCGCCAACGAGAUCUUCACCAAGAAGGAUUGGAAGCUCAACAUUAUGAAUUUUGCAAAGGAAUUCGAAAAGAGCCGGAGCUUGAUUAUGCUCAGAUAUGGCUUGUACGAGUUUAAGAAUGUCAAGCCCUCAGAGGAGGUUUUGAAGAAGUGGAGGUCCGCACACGGGUUGCCUGAACCCGAGGAGGAAGCUGCGGAUGCCAGCCCAUCCAGGCAGACUACCCGUUCCAAGCGCAAGGCUGAAGACCAGUUGACUCCCAAGGACGCGGCCCUUUCUUCCGCUUCCCCCAAUAAGAAUAACAAGAGGCGCCUUGUAGAUAGAGAGGAAGACGAGCCGGCGACGCCGGCUACGGUCAAGAACAAGAGAAAGGUAACUGUCGAGGAUGAGUCGGAUGAGAACCAGCCCAGCAAAUUGCAGAAGUCCAUCUCAACGCCCUCAGCUACCAAGAGCAUGUUCGAAAAGAUUGCCAACAACCAAGGUCCUUCUUCGACGCCCAAGGCCGCUCCCGCCCCUGCUCCCGCCCCCAAGGCUCCGGAGACCAAGCCCAGCAGCCUCUUCGGAGCACCACCCAAGGCCACUAACAACGAUCUGUCGCGCUCCGUAUUCGAGAAGCAGCUCAAGCCUGCCCAGGCAUCCAACAUCUUCGGUUACCUGUCUGAUGCUAGUUCGGCAAAGAACAGCGGUGUGGAGGCCGACGCAGAGAGUGAGACUGAUUCCGAUGACGAGGCGGAACCCAGCGUUGCCGCUAGUGGUGGUGCCGAAACGCCGUUGGGCCAGCCGGCCUCCAACCUCUUUGGUGCUAAGAAGCCCCUUUUCUCUGCUGGCGCCGCGACUGCUCCUUCCAGCACUUCGUCCGACGCCCGGGAGACUACUCCCUCCGGAACUAAGAGUCUGUUCGACCGCGUGACUAAGGGCAACAAUGGACAGCCUCUCCGUGCGGACUCGGCUGAGCCGGCCCCGGCCCCGGAGAAGCCAGCUUUUGCCCCGGCCAAGGAGGCUACUCCGGCCCCGGUCAAUGCUACCUGGAACCCUAACUCGCCGAUCAAGUUCAAUGCCAACCCUGCGCCUAGCAAUGGACUUUUCGGUGCGUCCACAAACGGAUCGAGCUCCAUUUUCGGUGCUAAGCCUGCCGCUCCUGCAUCCAACUUGUUCGGCGCCCCGAAGCAAGAUGAGAAGCCCAAGGCCGAGAAGCGGUCUGCUCCCGAGGAGGACCAGGGCGCGGAGUCCGACAAGGAGAACGACUCGCAGCGCCCUUCCAAGUCCCCCUUUGGCGGCUUCUCCGGAUUCCAGUCGAAGCCGUUCGAGGCGCCCAAGAAGGAUGAGGCAGCUCCUAAGCCGGCCGCUGCUCCGACUUUCGCGUUCGGUGCCUCUGCUCCCAAGGCGGAAGAGCCCAAGCCUGCCGCCCCAGCUUCAAAUCUCUUUGGUUCCCAAGACAAGCCUGCGGGGUCUGUCAUGCAGUCAUCGACCCUCUUUGGCGGCAGCAAGCCUCAGGAGACUCCCGCCGCCGAACCGGCUAAGCCCCUCUUCGGCGCCGGCACAUCAAGCACUUCGACUCCUUUCCAGUCGAACCCUCUCUUCGGUGCCCAGCCACCCGCGCCGAGCACCUCCAACCUUUUCGGUGCAAAGCCCAGUGACGAGGGUUCCAAGGCUCCGCAGUUCGCUCCCGCGCCCGCUGCGGCUCCUGCCUUCAGCUUCGGCGCCAGCAAGCCUACGGAAUCCGCUGGGUCUCCCUUCGGUGGUAGUCCCAUGAAGCAGGAUGGCCCGCCGGCGAAGAGACAGUUCAACGCACCCGCUCCCUCCGCCGCGGCUGCACCAUCUGGUGGCAUGUUCAACUUUGGUGGAUCCCAGAGCGCAGCCCCAGUUAACUCCUUCGGUGGCGCUGCGCCUACGCCUCAGACAAACGGUGGCUCCAGCGGCCCUCCCAGCUUCGGCUCCGGCGGUGGUUCAUCCUUCACCUUCAGCGCCGGCGGCGGCGGCACGAGCUUCAACAACCCCUUCGCGUCUGCUAACGGCGGCGGCUCAGGCUCUGCUCCCGCGCCUUCGGCCGGCGGCAUGUUCAACUUCGGUGGUGGUGGAUCUUCCGCCCCCUCGAGCAGCUCCACGCCAUUCCAGUUUGGCGGUGGCUCGUCUGCGCCUGCACCUGCGGCGGCAAGCAGCAGCCCCUUCCAGUUUGGAGGCGGCGCUCCCACUCAGCCUGCUGCCCCUGCUGCCUCGACUCCCACCUUUACCUUCGGUGCCGCUAAUGGAUCUGCCAGUGCUCAGGCACCUGCGUCUCAGAAGCCGCUAUUCGGAGCCUCAACCCCAGCGCCUACGAGCAACCUCUUUGGCGGUGCCAAGCCUGCCCAGCCUCCCUCUGGUGGUAUGUUCGGUAACCUGAACCCCCCCGCGGGUGCCUCUACCACUGGCACCAACUCACCCUUUAACUUUGGUGGUGCCUCCAGCCUAGCUACGACUCCUGCCACUGGCACUCCCGAGCCGACUGCGGAAGCCGACAAGGCCGCUGGUGGUGAAGGCGACGAUGCUGAUGGCAUGCCUCACGAGCAGCUCAAGCUUACUGAGGGUGGCCCUGGCGAGGAAGACGAGGAAAUCCUCCACGACGUUCGAGCCAAGAUUAUGAAGUUCAUUCCGGCCGGAUCCGAAGAAGACAAGGACAGCGGCGAUGAGAAGCCCAAGAACAAGAGCCCUUGGUCAACCAAGGGUGUGGGCCCGUUCCGUAUCCUGAAGCACAAGAACACGGGCGCGGUUCGCAUGCUGCUGCGCGCGGAGCCUCGCGGGCACGUCGUGCUCAACCGCACCGUUCUGCCUGCUGAGACUUACAAGGCGGACAAGAAGUACGUCAAGCUCACGACCUCGAACGAGACGGGUAGCGGCCUCGAGACCUGGAUGGUCCAAGUCAAGACGGAGGACUUUGCCAAGGCGCUGGCAAGCGCCCUGGAGACCCACAAGUCUGCCAACGCCAAAUGA